GUUCUGUGUUUCUUAGCGUGUUACACCAUCUUUCGAUUCUGUACCUCUAAUCAGACGAUGCUGUUACUGAAUUACAAAUAUGUGUUUAUACGGAAUUGAUUAAUGCUAAACUUACAUUUCCAUCAUAUGGUUUAAGAACAGUUUGCCGAUUUACGAACUAUUUAAUUAUUUACUUGAAAACUAAGACUAUUCCUUUCUCGCGACGCUAACUUUUCACGUACAAAAACAAAUGGUCCAAGUCGUGUGCUGUCCAAUGUCCGAGAGCAGAUCCGCCUACCGGCAGUUAUUGAAGCUCGUCGGCGAUGUUUGGGGAAGCGAUUUCGUGUGAUAAAAUUACAAGCGUUACAACUUCGUAACUUACGCCUAAGUUGGCAUGACAGUAUGCAAGUAGGUAGUUCCUACAAGUAAGUUUUCUUACACGGGUGGUAGUGGGGACAUGUACGAGUGUGUAUUUCAUGUCCAAGUAAACCCAGCUACUGCUGCUCUUUACACUCGCUGUGAUGUUGACUUUUCCGUGUCUCGGCGACGAAUGGCGUCACUUUUGUCGCGUUUGGAAACCCGACUUUAAGUCACACUGCCACAGGUCUACCGAUGUCGAUGUCACAGACGGAAUGCCAUAUCUUGACGUGCCCAACUUUGCAUGAUUGGAAACUGCGUACUGUAAUAGCAGAGGGGGGGAUGUGUUAUUGUUUUGUUGUAUAUGAUGUUGUUAUCCAUAAUUCAGAAGUCUAAAGCGUUGCUUGGUGUUGGAGCCAAUACAGAAGGUUUAGUAAACACCGUGGAAGGAGCAAAAGGACAACAGAAUGAUGUGCCCAAGCAGACAACGCAUCUUGCACCGGAAAUAUCCACCGAACAACUCAAGGAAAUUGUUUACGAUCACAUAAAGACAAUUCGAGAUCCUGAGAAGCCAGCCACCCUGGAAGAUUUGCAUGUUGUUGAUGAAGACUGUGUAAGAGUUGAAUCUAGUCCAGAUAAUGAUGUGUACUCAGUUCAUAUUGAAUUUAUUCCUACUGUGCCUCACUGCUCAUUGGCUACUCUUAUAGGCCUUUGUAUUCGGAUAAAACUGGAAAGGAACCUUACAGAAAAAUUCAAACUGGAUAUCAGCAUAAAAGAAGGGACACAUUCUACAGAAGGUGAAAUAAAUAAACAAAUCAACGACAAAGAAAGGAUAGCUGCAGCAAUGGAGAAUCCAAACCUAAGAGAAAUUGUUGAAUCUUGCAUUGAUGACGAAAAAGACUGAAGUUAUAUUGUAAAUGGACUGAUGAUUUUGUUUUUUUAAAAAAAUAAUGCAGAUGUAAGUUAUUUUCUUGAUUAAAAGUGUGAGUUAACCUAA